CUUUGUUUUCUAGCUACUGUAGGAACUAGGUUUACCACUGCUGACAGGCAAGACCGUUGCUAACAGUUCGUUUUGCCAUCCAGAACUUUCUACUGUCCAUUCACGACACAAUAUUUUAGCUAGACCCAUGGCUACCGAACGCAGUUUCCCAGAUAGCUGCAUAGAUGAGGACCCCCAGAAAGCUUUGGAGGAGCUGAAUGAAGCCUUGUUGGGAAAUCCUGAUAAUGCUGAGUGGUUUUGCCAACGAGCCUAUGCCCACCUACUUCUCAAAAACUACAGUUGUGCUGCCAACGAUUCCAAGAAAGCUCAACUGCUACAGCCCAGCCUUGCACUUGCCUUCAUGCGAACAGGAAUAGCAGAGUACCACCUCAACCACUAUGAGUCCUCACACGAGGCCUUCACCCAGGGACACCAGCUGAAUGAUUCAGACAAAGAUUUAGAAGUUUGGAUCCAGCGCUGUGAAGAAAUGAUGGGGAAACAGAGUCUGAACGGCAAUGCCAACAUGCAGCCAUCUGCUGCACCACCGGCGAAACACGACUGGUACCAAACAGAGUCCCAGGUCAUUGUCACCAUCAUGGUGAAGAACGCCCAAAAGGACUCAGUCUUGGUCAGCUUUGCGGAGAAAGAGUUGUCCGCCAACAUACGGCUGGCGUCGGGGGAGGAUUUCGGCCUGAGCUUUCACCUCUUGCAUCCCAUCGUGCCUCAGCAGAGCACCUUUAAGAUCCUCUCCACCAAGGUGGAGAUCAAGAUGAAGAAGACUGAAGCAAUCAGGUGGGAGAAGCUGGAGGGAGAGGGACAGGAGCCCAACAUCAAACACUUCACCCCCAACCAGUACCCUUCGUCCUCCCACUACACGCGCAACUGGGACAAGGUGGUGGUGGACAUCAAGGAGGAGGAGAAGAAGGAGAAGCUGGAGGGCGACGCGGCGCUCAACAACCUCUUCCAGCAGAUCUACACGGACGGGACGGACGAGGUCAAGCGGGCCAUGAACAAGUCCUUUAUGGAGUCAGGUGGUACAGUCCUGAGCACCAACUGGACUGACGUGGGGAAGAGAAAAGUAGACAUGAGUCCUCCUGAUGACGUUGAAUGGAAGAAGUACUGAACUGAGCUACUCCUCCCCCCCCUUCUUCCCCCUUCUCUGCCUCUAACAGACUCCCCCUUCUCUGCCUCUAACAGACUCCCGCCAGUCCCCUCCAAACCCCCCGACCCCCACCUCCCACUCCAGGCCCAUCUACCAAUAUUGGUUUUAGAGAUUCUGCGUGUCUCUCAGCCCCAGUCCAGAGGACUAGUGUUGAACCCUUCUCCUAAUCCACUCUCAUAGAUAACUGACAGGCUCUUUUAUCUAUCAGCUUUGGAACAACAGUAUUUCGCUAACAUUCUGGAGAAGUUCCCGGGCUCACAUGUCACAACGAGUAGUCAGGUUCUGGCACCUUGAUCAAGGGAGAGGGUUGGUUGAGCCGUGGACUAAGAACUAGGGUUGAGGAAGCCUAACCAAGAUGUCUUUGAUUUAAACUUUGGAUUUGGUUUUUCAAAUAUCCACCCCCUGUGUGGUCCCUUAUUCCCAGUUUACCAGGAGUCUGACAGUUUGUACUGCUGGGGUCUAUAGCCAAGCUUUCUAUGGUCCCCAUCACUUCAUCUUGUAUAGAAAAUGUAAAGAAUAAAAUUAACAAAAACACAUUUGAAACAAUAAGAAAGUUAUAAACAUGUUUUGGGCACAUGUGAUUUUUGUGUACACUCAAUAAAAGGUCAAUCCUUUUUUCCACAAUAGCAAUACAAUAUACUGAUGGUCUGGAAAUUGUGGGAUAUGUUAAACAUGGGGUUAAUACCAGGUUCUGUGUGUGAUUCAAGAUUCUGUGUAAAUAAAUGGUUUGUUUUUGGGUCACAAUC